CGCGCGAGCCGCUGAGCCGGGAGGAUUGCCGUGGUCCCCGAGGAGCCCCUCUGCGCAGCCUUCGGCUCUGCCGCCGCUACCAGGAUGGCUGAGGCAACCACUGCCCCCACUGAGACACACACUCUCCUGAAUGAGUACGGGGACUACCACAACUGGUCCGAGCUGUUCCACCUCCUGAACUACACCUACACCUUCUGUGAGUUCAGCCUGGAUGAGAAUGUCAAGCGGGUGAUCCUCUUCAUCCUUUACCUGGUCAUCUUUGUGGUUGGCUUGGUGGAGAACCUCCUUGUCAUCUGGGUCAACUGGCAGACACGGGGCAACAAGAGCUUGGUCAACCUCUACAUCAUCAACAUGGCCAUUGCUGACCUUGGAGUGCUGCUCUCACUGCCCAUCUGGAUGCUGGAGGUGAUGCUGGAUUACACCUGGCUCUGGGGCAGCUUCCUCUGCCGCUUCACGCACUACUUCUACUUUGCUAACAUGUAUGCCAGCAUCUUCUUCCUCACCUGCCUGAGCGUGGAUCGCUACGUGUCCCUGACCAGCUCCUCCCUCUUCUGGCGUAAGCACCAGCACCGCGCGCGCCGCAUCAUCUGCGCCUGCAGCUGGGUCUUGGCAGCAGCGAUCCCGUUCCUGGAGGUUGCUCACAUGCAGCUGGUCAACACCGGAGAGCCCAUCUGCAUCUUCAUGGCCCCCUUUGAGACUUAUGAUGAGUGGGCGCUGGCAGUCAGCUUGGCCACCACCACCAUUGGGUUCCUCAUCCCCUUCCCCAUCAUCACCGUUUUCAACAUCCUGACGGCCAGGUUCAUCAAGCGCACCAAGCCGGAGAGCAGGAAGCACUGUCUCCUCAUCUACGCCUAUAUCAUCGUCUUCCUCAUCAGCUGGCUGCCCUUCCACAUCAUGCUCACGCUGCUCACCCUCGAUGGCAACCACAUCAUCCUCCACUGCACCUUCGCCCACUUCCUCUACUUCUUCUACGACAUCAUAGACUGCUUCACCCUGCUCCACUGCGUGAUCAACCCGAUUCUCUACAAUUUCCUGAGCAAAAACUUCCGCAGCAAGCUCGUCUCCGCUGUGGUUAAGUACAUCCCCAAAGAACAAGGCAGCCAGAAGGGCGCAGACAAUUCCUCCUCCACCACGCAGCACUCCAUAGUCAUCACAAAGGACAACAACCCUCCCAAUUAAGGGAGAUGGGACUCCCCCACUCAUCACUGGCAAGUGGUUGGGGGGGAUCUCCCUGCACUCACUCAGGUCAGUAAGAUUGGUUUUCCUGGUGAUAAGCAGACACUUUGCUUUUAAACGAUACUUCUUGGCUGGCCACCUCCUGUGCUCUGAGGGUAGGGUGUGAAACGUGAAAUGAGGUGGUGCGGGGAGCUACAGACAUCUUGCCUCUGAUGUGCUGCUGUAUCAAAUCUUUUUAGCUAAAGAAAAAAUAAGAGAAUGAAAUAUUUCCUGUUUUCCAAAAGAAACACUUGCAGUAAUAAAGUGCAUUACUCAGAAGUCUGAACACAAAUCCAGCCCCUGGGACCUGAUGCCCACACUCCCCUCGAGCCGUGGGGCUGGGGGCACAUCAUCUUUUCCCUUCACAAUUUUUUCCGCAGCCCAUGACUAUCACUUACACACAGGCCCUAGCUACAUCGCACUGCAGGGGUGUCCGGUGAAUGCUGCUCCUCUGCUGUGAUGCCACCCCGAGCAGGAGAGAGGAAAUUCAUUCCUUUGAAAGACAAAACUUCUCCUCCCCAUGCCUGGUAAAUGGCCGAAAGCCUGAUUUUACAUAAAUGAAGGCAACAUGUCCCCAAGGGGCUGAGCAUGACACAGACCUGAGCUUUAAUGAGGGGAGGAAUUAUUUAAGAUCAGCAACUCGUUGAGAGCAACGUUGCAAACCCAGCAGUAAAUUGGCAAAGGUUAAAAGUGGAUUUGACUGGGCACAGCUGCUUCCAAAAGUGACCGGUGCCAGCAGAGGUGGGGUUCCCAGUUUGUGCUUCGCAGCAGGAGACCCAUCCCAUCAAACCCAGCCUCCUUUAGAGCACCUCCUGGCAUGCUUCCAAGGCCACCGGGAGCAUUUCUAACCACCCGCAGCCCUUCGUAUGCGCUCCCUUUCAACCAAGAUCGCGCUGAAGCCCCGUGGGAGCGCGUACACGUGCAGAAACCCUCGGAGCCGGAGCGCAGGCCGGGAUUUUGGCUGUGUAAGAAACUGCAGCAUCCGGAGAAAGUUCAUCGUUGUCUGGAUUCUGCUAAGUCACAUGCUGCAGGUCAAGCCCUUGGCAGGGGAAGGUGAAAGAGUGACAGUCACUGGAAGGCAGUCCAUAAAUCUACCGAAGGCCUUGAGCUGCUCAAGAAAUACAUUUUUAAAAAAGCAAAGAGUAAGCAAAUCUAGGGACAGGAUGCUCACGGCCCGGAGCAGUGGGUGGGAAGCAGGAUGUCCCGGGCUGCAGGAGAAGCCCAUGACCAGGGGUUAACACGGACGCUCGGUUAUCACCAAGCUCUGCUAUUUACGGGGUCCUGUGAUGGGGUAAACCACUAAAUACUUCAGGGCUCCUUAUGCACUGUGUCGUUCCUUCUUACGACCAAGGGAUCCCAGUGUUGACAGAAAAAGCCAGAUGUGUCUCUUCCACAGAAAUACUUUGUACAGUAGCUGGGGAAGGAGCCAGUCCCUCAGGCACAAGAGUGCCGUGUUCAGGGAAGAAACUCCGCAGUUCCUCUGCCUUCAUUAUGUUACUUCAACAGUUUCACAACUUGUGAGCGUAGAGCCACUUCGAGUGUAAGCCCUGCGGGGCAGAGGCUGUCCUUCGGGACCUCCUCGCCUUCAUCCCCGCGACCCUCCUGGGCACAGCGUGCGCAGCGAAGCCGAGCGGCUGGUGAACGCAAAGGCAUCUUCACGCUGACACGAGCCACAGCUCUGAUCCUGAAUCCUCCCUAAGGCUUCCUUUUGCUAAUACCCUGCUGUUUUCAAUGAAAGAAUGGAAGAUAAGCACACAGUAACAAGACAUUUGAUGUGUGACAUAACCAGGACAACAAUAUAUUAAAUUUCAAG